AUGGCGGUAAUACUCUCCGAGAGCAGAUCCACAAAAUCGCGAUCCCUUAUUGCGCUACUGAUCCUCGUGGUUGUGUGGGUUGUGGUCCUAACGUCUAGUGGAAAUGAUGAUGGCAUACCAGAAUCCCUACCAGAAGCAGCGGGGGCUGGUUCUGCAACGGAGCAUCCCGGUGAUGCCUCUCCAACUUUCGAAUCAAACGACAUCAACAACAUCAACGACGGCAGGCCGUUGGCGGUAGUAAUAGAGACUCAAGCGACGCCGAACCUCAUCCCUCUUAUGCUGCACUUUUCCAAUGUUCUCGGCCCACAUUGGUCCGUUGUUCUCUUCACGUUAGAAGAGUUCUGGGAAUCACCAUCGAGCCUGGCCUUUGACCGCGCACUCGACGCUGGCAGGAUUGAGGUCCGCUUCCUGCCUCCCGAAACCCAACUGAAAAGCAGUCGCGCGGUGUCGCUAUUCCUAACCAGCCCUUGGUUUUGGGAGCAGCUGCAGUCGGCCUACCGUAUCCUCCUAUGGCAAACCGACAGCAUCAUCUGCUCCAAGGCCGAACAGGCCGUCGAGGACUUUUUCGGCUACGACUAUAUCGGCGCACCGAUCCAGAAAGCGUACGGCAAAGGCUACAACGGCGGCCUAUCGAUACGGAACCCGAAACUCUUCCUGCAAAUAACGCAGGAGUCCGACUUUGAGCACAGCGGCGUCCAGUUUGAGGACCAGUGGUUCUUCAACCAGACGUCCGCCCGGGUAGGGCAGGGUGUCGUGCUGCCUACUGAGGAAACGGCCAAAUAUUUCGCUGUUGAGUCGAUAUACCAUGAGCGGCCCCUUGGCUAUCAUCAGCCGUCGAGAUGGCAAUCGGGCCAUAUGACGGAGAUUGAGGAGUGGUGUCCGGAGGUGAAGAUGAUAUUAGGACGUCGGCGGGCCUACUGA